AUGGAAACCGGUUUAACCAUCUUAAAGAUGUCGUUCUUCCUCGGCCUAGUCGUGGUUGUAUCAUGUUCUCAGGCUUUCGCACCGUGGAACCCAUCUAUGAGGAUGCGUCCAGGAACGUGUGACCACUACGAGUGCCCAACCUACAAAUUGGUACAAGCCGGACACGGCUACGAGAUCCGCAUGUAUAACUCUGCGGUCUGGAUGUCCACGGAUCCCAUAACCGCCCCAUCCAUGACUCAGGGCACCAAAACUGGUUUCCAACGAUUAUUUCGUUACAUACAAGGAGAUAACAAAAGCAAGAUAAAGAUGAACAUGAUGACAGCUCCGGUUAUCACACAAAUAACACCCGGAGCAGAAGUCUACAUGUACACCGUCUGCUUCUACAUCUCAAAGAAGAACCAAUAAACCCCACCUUUGGCCGAUGACCUUCAUGUGGAGUCAUGGAAACCAACCUACGUAGCCACUAGGCAGUUCAGUGGGUAUGUGACGGAUGAUCUAGCCAUUAAAGAAGCUAUAGCUCUGAUGGAUAGCCUCAAGAGCACUGAAUGGAAAUCCCAUAUCGAGAAGAGCAAAGGAGAAAGGCCGGACUAUUUAGUCGCCGAUUAUAACCCACCGUUUGACAUGUAG